AUGUAAAGUCAUGUAAAUUAAUAGAAAUACGAAUCUUAUGAGAUGCAAAAGCCAAACAUAACAAUUUUUGAGUAAUCAACAUAGUUGAAAAUUUAAAUUGAUGAAUAAAUUGAAGAAUCUGACCCUGAACCAGAGAAGAACAUUUAAGAAACGUAAAAUUAAAAUUUGUUACCUUCUAAAUUGUACAUUUACUUUCACAAAUAGAAAAAGUUAAGAAUAUAAAACAAUUAUUGAGGAUGAAAAUGAAGAAUGCUAAUUGGAAGAAAAUGUAAAGGAAAUAAAUCAUUAAAAACCUUUUCUAAUGUCAAUCAAUUUUGCUAACUUAAGCCUGUAUAGAUUUUCUAGUUUAGAUUAAGACAAGGUAAUCUCGAUUGUGUUUAAUAGAGUAGAAUUUAAGGGCUGAGAUAAAUAAUAUAGAAAUAAAUAACAAUGUUAUUUAUUAUUAAAUUGAAACUAAGUCAUCUCAAUUAGGAUACACAGUAAAAGUGAAGAGAAGAUAUAAUGAUUUUAAGCUUUUAUUGAGAGAAUUAAAUAUUCGAUAUCCUUAACUUAUAUUACCAUAUCUACCAAUAGGAAUUGGUAUGGGUAAACUUAGCAAUAAAGAUAUAGAAGAUAGAAAGAGAUUAUUAUAAAAUGUUAUAAAUAUAAUAACUAUGCAUUAAGAAUUAAUACUUUCAAGUUCUGUAAGAAAUGUAAUUAUUAUUUAAUUAAUUAGUUUUUUGAAGAAGGAGAUCAAUAGGAAUUUGAUAAUAAAAGAAAUUAAAGUCAAUUUAAUAUGAAGGGAGGUUUGGCAUAAAAUAUAUAAAAUAUAAUUGAUAAAAGCAUAAAAUCAUUUGGAUAAUUAAAGAAUUGGUGGAAUGGCACUAAUACAAUCAAAAAUAAUGAGGAACUUCAAUCAAUAUAGAAAGAGUUAGUUUAAUUAUUAAAUAAAUAAGUUAAGCUUUAGAAAUUACUAUUUUAUAUAUAAUCAUUACAAAAGAAAUAACAAAAAAUUAAAGAUAUUAUUGCUCAUUAAGAUAGUUAAAAAACAUAAUUAUUAAUUGAAACUAAAUUACAUGAUUGUGUAUUAGAUUAUGCUAAGAAUUUAGAUUUCUAAACGAAUACUUUAGAAGAUAAGUUUGUAAAUUAAUAUUAUUAUUUCUUAGGAUUAAUAUUAUCAACAAUAAAUUUGGUAAUUAAUGAAUUUAAUUGAAUUUAUUGAUUAUGCUAAUAUAUAUUUUCAAUAAUUAAUAAAGUAUAUAGAAGAUUUGAAUGAAUAAUUAUUAUUAGUAGCACCAAAUCAAUAAACGUAUAAAUUAUUUAAUUAAUUAGUCAUUAAACAAUAAAGGAUGAGAUUACUAAAUAUUUGAAUAAGGCAAAGGAUUAAUUUUGUAAUAAAAAAGAUGGAAUAAUAUCAAAAUAUAUAGGGAUAUAAUAAAAAGGGUUAAUUGAUUAUUAUAUUAGUCAGUAAUAGGAGAUUUGGAAUUAUGCUUAAGAAAUGAAAAACAAAUUUAAUUGAUGUGAC